AUGCUGUUCAUUCGCUUAUUUUUCUUAUUGCUUAUGGCUUGGACUUGCUCGGCUGGUCCGAUCACUCGUUCUGCCGUCCUUGAUCACCAUCUGUAUAAUGUAUCUCCGGCUGAGGCGGCUUUGGCUGCGGGGAUCAACAACUUGGGUGCCCGCGAUGAGGAGGAGCUGACCAUCAAUCCUGUUACCCCUUCUUGGGCCCUUUCGGCGGAGAAGACCAAGUCAUCUACUAUCCCGACAUCUAUCUCUGUAACGCCCGCUGAGGAGCAGAAUAUCGAGCCUACGAGUGAGUCUGUGACGCCGUCUACUACGUCUAUGCUCACGAUUGAAGUUACAACCACCUCGGCACGUGAAUCGAAAAGCUCAUCGUCUACCUCCCCCUUGUUUUCGAUUGAGGAUACCGUGUCUACUGCUGUAUCCUCAACGCCAAUAUCGGCCAAUACCGAUCAAGUGAUGACCCCGGUUAUGGUUUACGCAUCCACGUCGGGAGAUAGUACAGCUCCAGCUGAGACAAUCAGCUCAGCUCAAAGCACAGCGAGUAUCUUUUAUUCAUCGAACGUCAGUAAGAGUACCUCCAAAAGUGUUUCUCCGAUACACAAAGAGGUUGUGCCGUCUACUUCAUCCUUUGUUGCAUCCCAUGCUUCGACUUUCUCUCCGGAGGAAACAUCCUCUCCAACUGCAGACAAGACGACUUUUUCAACUCCAAUCUCGUCUUCCAUGUUAUAUCAUACUAUGACCUUCUCUUCGGACAAGGCACAUUCGAGUUCAGAUAUAGCAUCUUCUCCACUUUCAGACAAGACGUCUUCAAGUGCAAGAUCAUCUCCAACUAUGGGCAUAUCCACUGCAAAUACAGAAUCGGGAAAAGCAACAGACGUCUCGUCCGGAGAGUCUUCUUACAGUGUACUUAAUCACAAAACUUCAGUCAGAGCCAAGGCGUCCACGAGAGCUACUGAUGAUUGUGAUGGUUGCUGGACCACCACAACUACUAUUUGGUGGAAUGCUACUACUGCCACCACGACGCCGUCUGAAGUGACUGCAAUAUUGACACCAUUUGAGUCGUCGAAGACCUCCAGAACAGUAACGGUCACUAAAAUAAUGACCUCUCCUUCUGGCACGUCAACCUCCUCUAAAGCAUUGGUAUCGUCCAAAUCAUCCACGCCGUUCAAGACAGCAACACUGUCCGAAAUACCUACGCGCACUAGAACGCCGACCUCGUCCGAAACUCCAACAUCGUACGAAAGUUCGACAGUGUCCAAAGCAUCAAUACUGCCCGAAACCACGUCCACCGAGACACCAACCUCAUCGCAAACCGAAAUAUCGAAAUCAACUGCCUCUGUGUACUACAUAACAGACAGCAUGAUCGAAUGGGUCUCUUACGGUCAAACGACACCGUACUCUACAGGCAUAGCUACUGCCUCCUCCGCUGCACUCUUUAGCACGUCUUUAGAUAGCUCAUCGCUAUCUAUAACGCCAAUAGAAGCUCAAGUAUCUUCACCAACGUCGAAGGCCACAUCUUCCAUAACCGAUGCAUCAGGGGCAACCGAAGACUCAGAAACAACCAUCGUGGUCCACGCAACCAGAACAGCAAUGGUUACAAUCACACAGCCCGGGCAUACAGUUACUGAGACUGAAACCCCAGUCACAGUCACCGAUACCGAGUCCGCGAGUACUGUCACCGCGUCCCCUAUAACUGUGGUUAUCAUGGAAACAAUACUGCCUUUGGAAACGUCGACAGUGGGGGAGAGUUCCACUUCUUCGACAGCUGUAUCCGAGCAAACUGUAAUUGAGACCCCGACAACAGUUAUCAUAUCAUCUGAGAAAACUACCACGCCCGAAAACACCGAGUCUGUGCAAACUCCUGCGGCUAUCCAUACUUCCACACAUGUAGUGACAUCUACAGCUGUGCUUUCAUCUACGGUGAUGCAUACCUCUACAGCCGUGGUGACAUCCACGACCAUGCAUACAGCCACAGCCACAAUCACGCACACAUCUAUGGCUACACAUACUUCUACAGCGGUGUUGACGUCAACAACCAUAGUUACAGCCACCGAAAUCGAGACAAAAACCGAAAUGAAGACAGAGACAGCCAGCUCAGGUAGCGGCUUAGCUGUUGUCCCCGUGACACCAGUGGUUGUCACCACAACGAAGACUGUGACUGUGACCGAGGCUACCGCUACGGUGACUACCACGGUGACGAAGGCGUAG